UUUGGGAAUAACAGUAACUACAUGAACAUGGCCGAGGCAAGCAACGCUUUCUUUGCGGCCAGCGAGACAUUCCACACACCAAGUCUUGGGGAUGAGGAGUUUGAGAUCCCCCCAAUCACGCCUCCCCCAGAGUCGGACCCCGCCCUGGGCAUCCCGGAUGUGCUCCUGCCCUUUCAAGGCCUCAGCGACCCCUUGCCCUCCCAGGGCAGCGAAUUCACACCCCAGUUCCCCCCUCAGAGCCUGGAUCUCCCGUCCAUCACCAUCUCAAGAAAUCUCGUGGAACAAGACGGCGUGCUCCACAGCAGUGGGUCCCACAUGGAUCAGAGCCACACCCAGGUAUCCCAGUACCGCCAGGAUCCAACCUUGAUCAUGAGGUCCAUCGUCCACAUGACGGAUGCCGCCCGCUCUGGGAUCAUGCCUCCCGCCCAGCUCACCACCAUCAACCAGUCUCAGCUCAGUGCCCAGUUGGGGUUGAACUUGGGAGGAGCCAGUUUGCCCCACACGUCUCCUUCACCUCCAGCGAGCAAAUCGGCCACCCCCUCCCCUUCCAGCUCCAUCAAUGAAGAGGACGGGGAUGACUCCAGCAGGGCCAUCGGGGAGAAAAGAGCGGCUCCGGAUUCUGGCAAGAAGCCCAAGACUCCAAAGAAGAAGAAAAAGAAAGAUCCCAACGAGCCCCAGAAGCCAGUGUCCGCAUACGCCCUGUUUUUCAGGGACACACAGGCUGCCAUUAAAGGCCAGAACCCCAACGCCACCUUUGGAGAGGUCUCAAAAAUCGUGGCCUCCAUGUGGGACAGCCUUGGAGAGGAACAAAAGCAGGUGUAUAAAAGGAAGACGGAAGCUGCCAAAAAGGAGUACCUGAAGGCCCUGGCCGCAUACAGGGCCAGCCUCGUGUCUAAGGCGGCCGCUGAGUCGGCGGAAGCCCAGACCAUUCGUUCCGUUCAGCAGACCCUGGCGCCCACCAAUCUGACAUCCUCCCUCUUCCUCAACCCUCCGCUGCCUCCUCACGGGGCGGUGUCGGCGGCGCCCGCCCAGACCCUGCAACAGUCGCUCCCCCGCUCAUCGCCCCAAGCCCUUACCAUGAGACUGCCCAUGAACCAGAUCGUCACGUCGGUCACCAUUGCGGCCAGCAUGCCGUCGAACCUUGGGGCGCCGCUGAUCAGCUCCCUGGGCGCGGGCCUGGUGGGCUCGGCGUCCGCCACGCAGGUGAGCCCGUCCGUGCAGACCCCGCAGCAGCAGCAGCAGCAGCAGCAGCAGCAGCAGCUGCAGCAGCUCCAGCAGCAGCAGACCCAGCAGCAGCAGCUGCAGCUGCAGCAGAUGCACCAGCAGCUCCAGCAGCAGAUGCAGCAGCAGCAUUUCCAGCAGCACCUGCAGCAGCAGCUCAGCCAGCAGCAGCUGCAGCAGCAGCUCAGCCAACAGCAGCUCAGCCAGCAGCAGCUCCAGCAGCAGCUCCAACAGCAGCUGCAGCUGCAGCAGCUGCAGCACAUGCAGCACCCGUCGCAGCCUUCGCCGCGCCAGCACUCGCCGGGCAGCGCCCCUCAGAUGACGUCCCCCGUCCCCGCCAUCGGGAGCCCCCAGCCGGCCUCCCAGCCGCAGAUACAGUCCCAGACACAGACUCCAGUGCUGCCACAGGUCAGUAUUUUCUGAAGUCGCGCAGCCAGCGGCAGGCGGACGGACAGACGGUCGGGCGCGCGGAGGCCGGCGGAGGGUCCGCUAUCCGCGGCGGAGACUGGGCAGUCGGUGUCGGCCCUGCAGACACGCAUCACAGAUCCCAUGGUCCUCUGAAGUGUCUAUUAGAUAGGCAAUAAGAACGACAGCGUAGCUGAGCAUCCUCCUCUAGCUGACUCGAAAAGCCACUGGGGUUUCCCACAAGAAAAGCUGUGCUCUGUUAUGUGAUGCCUUUUUUUAAUUUAUUCAGGCUGUACCUACGAUAUGUGAAUCAAACCGUUUCAUGAAUCCUGGGACCUACCAAGGACGACACAGGGGCCUCUCUGAGUCACAGGACAUGGCCUUAUGUCUCCAUUUAAGUGACUGGACCGCACUUCCAGGCGACGGGAACUCAUGAACCCCCUCCCCCCCAAAUUAAAAGCACAGUUGUAACUACCUGAAUAGGAAGAUAUUCCCGUGUCAUACAAACAUGUGUAUGACAUGAAUAGUCGAUGGCAUUUUUUUGUCAUAAAAAAAUAAUAACAAUGUAAAUCAUAGACUUUUGCCAAAGGUCUUAUUUUUUUUUCCUAACUAUCUCCAGAAAAAGAAAAAAAAAAGCAAGUGAUUAGAUUCAAGUAUUGACUCGUUUCCACUUUUUACCCACGACUUCUCCAAAUCGAACAAUAUCUAUGACCACUGUUAGCCCCAUUAUAUCCAUUCCAAUUAGAGGGAAAGAAUGUGAAUAUUAUAUUCUGUGUUUUGAGUGACAAGUUUCGAAAAAUAAAAACACUGUAUUUUUAAAAGGGAAAUGAACUUAAAUGAAAGCAGUUAUUACAAAAGUUAAGAUUUAAAAAAAAAAAAGCGAGAGUUUUUAUUAUGAUGUCAUACCGGUAGAAUAUUUAACAGGCGCACCGCAUCUGAAUAAUCAAUGUAAAUAUUUUCUUUCCAAGUUGUACGUUUUCCUAUCAUGUGUUGUAAAGUUUUCAUACACGAGGCUUUAACGUAAACACUGGUGACACAAACCAUUCAUUGCUACGUUGCUUAUUGUGUUUUUACGCUGUUUUAUACUUUUUUAUGAGUUACGAUAGCAGCAAUUGAGUUGUUUGUAUUUUGCUUAACUAAAACAAAAAAAAUGCUUUUAUCUUGCUAUAGAAUAAACACAUUUCAGUAAAGACCGUGGGCUGUAUUUUGAUGCAACAACCCGGAAACUGUUCACUUUUCAAAUAAAAUGAUCUGUCACG